UCACAAAUCAAACAUUUCUCACAGAGCUCAAGAGAAGAAAUCAAUUGAAGUUUUAAGUCAUAAAAGAUCGAUGGAGAAGAAGAUUAUGAUCUUGUUGUGUAUUGUCUUAUUGGUCGAGGCGUUUACAAUUCUUGGAGGAGUUGAUUGCAGAGCCUUGCGAACAGAGCAAACAACCACAGGAGGCUGUGAUCAAACGACUGGUACCGUAGAGAGUGGCGGUUUUGGCUUGUUCUCGGGGGCGGCGAACGGUUCUAAAGACCAUCUUUUGAUGAGGAGUUUGGCUUUCCGGUUAGCUUCUGGGCCAAGCAGGAGAGGCCGUGGACACUAAUGAUCAAUACCUAAUGACACCAUUGAUAUUGAUUUUUUUUUUUUUUAAGUUUAUUUUUGCCUUUGCAUAAACUAUAUAUAACGAUUGUGUAUUAAAGUUUUACGUCAUAGAAAAGGAAAAAAAAAAUAGUGUAAUUUUUUUUUUUGUUAAGCAUUUGAUUUAUUCAAUGCCAUGUAA